AUGGCUUUCCAGCAGGGUCAGGAUCUGGCCCUCAUCCAGACUGAGCGCUUGGGCUUCUUGUCGCUCGCUGGAGAGGCCAAGCUUCAGUUGACGGAACCAUGGACGCAAGCCGCAGCUUCAAACGCUUCUCUCAUCAGUAUAGCAAACCGCAAAGGACUGGUUGCGGCAGCUGGCCCCGACAAUAUCACCAUUGCCACGACCGAAGCUGUUCGGAAAGCAUUCGAAGCCCCAAAAGUUGGCGACAAUGAUGCUCGCCCAUUCGCGCCUCAACUCCAAAUUCGCCUCACCACCCGCAUAUCUCAUCUUGCCUUUACCGCCGACGAGAACUAUUUGAUCAUAUCAGCCGAACUUGGUGGUGGUCUAGCUGUUUAUGAUGUGCAGGCGCUGCUUGGAGGCACGGCAGAAUCAGCAUUUCAGAUACCCACAAAUGGCGAGGCAUUGAGAGCCCUUGUGCCAAAUCCUCAAGCAGCAAAAGGGGAGCUGGUUGCUGUGGUUACCCAGAAGGGCAAUCUGCUUAUGGCUAAUAUGAACGAGAAGGCAUUCGUGACAGGUCCUAAUGGCCAGAUCCUUGCAAAUCAAGUCAGUUGUGUAGCAUGGAGUACCAAAGGCAAACAGAUCGUCGCAGGUUUGGGCGACGGCACGAUUCAACAAAUGACGCCCGAGGGCGAAGUUAAAUCUCAGAUUCCUCGGCCUCCUAGUGUCGAGGCCAAUUACUUUGUCUCGUUUUUAUCAUGGCUCGAGAACGAUCUGUUCCUGGCGAUAUAUGUAUCUACCGGCUUGGAUCCUCCACAAUCGAUAUACCAAUUGAUCUCGCGACAAGGACAAACAUUCACAUGCCAGACGCUUACAGAUCCUGUCGAUCCAUUUGGCAGCGAUAAGGUUCCUCACCAUACGGCGGUCAGGUUGAAGGACUUUCCCCCGAACUUGCAGGAUCUCCUGAUCUUUUCAUCAAGCGCUAGUCCUGAUGUUGGCCUUCUAACACGAGCAAAAGCGCCUCUUUCAGAUGACAACGUCACAAAUGCCUUCACGACCACCGAAUUACUGGAUGAUUCGAAGCGGGCCACAAUGCCUAUGAAUGACAGCAUGGAAACACCAAUUCCUAUUGGUACAGCUCUUGACUUGUCUGGAAAGGAGCCUGUCUAUAAGCCCAUCCCGACGGAUGAAUUGGAGCAAUCUCCUGGUCCACUUCCUGGUUAUUGGGUUCUGAAUGAAGAAGGAGUUCUUUCCGUAUGGUGGGUUAUCUAUACCGAAUCUAUUCGAGAGGGCACCACAUAUCCUGGCCUGGCUGCUGUAGAAGGUAAUGUGUCUCAACCGACUCAAGAUCAAGCACCAGCUAUUCAAAUGACCAAACCCAAUCCCUUUGGUGCUUCGAAUGGUGCAGCUUUCGGUGCUCCUGGGGGCACAUCGACUACUGCAUUUGGUAGCAGCUCAGCUCUUGGUACCAAACAGUCUCCUUGGGCAACGCAGUCAACGUCAACAGGCGGAUCUGCAUUUGGUUCCAAUGCGUUUGGAGGCGCUGGCGCCGCCGGGGGUGCCCAAUUCGGCCAGACCGCCUUUGGAAAACCUGCCUUUGGCCAGACGAGUACUCCUUCAUUUGGACAAUCUCAAGCUCUUGGCGCAAAGUCAUCUCCUUGGGCUACCGCCGCCUCGAGCGGCUCUGGAGGUUCUGCUUUCGGUAGCGGCGGCUUUGCAAGUGCUAGCAAAACACCCAGCGCUUUUGGUAGCACUACUGCACCUUCAGCUACAGGAGGUUUCGCUAGUUUUGCAAAUCAAGGAGGCUUCAGCGCCCUAGGAUCUAAUGAUUCAAGCAGUGGCACAAGUAUUUUUGCAUCAAGCAAAUCAAAUGCCGAUCAGUCUACAACGACAUCAACUAGUUCUCCCUUUGGUGCCCCUGCCUCAAAACCAGCCACGGCUCCCUCGCAACCUUUUGGCUCGACUCCAUUUAAACUGAUGUCCAGCUUCAAGCCAGACCCGAAGGCAAAUGAGGAGUCUGCCAUGGAUGAUUCAAAUGAGGGCAACUCUAUGUUUGGUAGCGGUUUCGCAUCCGCAAUUGGAGAACCUACCAAGCCAACAACCUCGAACAUUUUUGGCGGCCAACCAUCAUCAGGUGGACUGUUCUCCACGACCCCAACGUCGACUCCAGCACCCUCCAAAUUCUUUUCUCAGACGCCUGCAACUACUUCAGAUGGUGGCGGGCUUUUCAGCCUCCCGGCCAAAUCUUCCAGUAGCCUGUUCGGAAGCAUGACUCCAGGAACCCCCAAGAUCAAGGACGAGGACUCGACACCUAGGCGAUUACAAGAUAUUCCGGAUGCUCCUCUUCCUCCGGAUACUAUAAGUAAGGCUUCUUAUCCAUUCGGAGAUUCCUCAUCCUCAUCAGAAUUCUCUGCAGCAGAUUCGCCGGCCAAUCAGAAAACCCCUACAGACGCUCCCUCGCCGUCCAAUAUCCCGCUCUCGAGCACGAAACUUGCGGAGGAUUCACCGCCUGACUCCCCAGCAGCCGAAGAUGCGCCAUUGCCUCCUGACCCAACAACUAACCAGAAGCUGUAUAAAGUUGAUAUCCCGCCACUACCAGAUAUGACGGCAUCCAAGCCGAAACCAGCCCCUGCCGAUGAUGCACCUUUGCCUCCUGAUCCAACGACAAACAAGGACAUCUAUAAUGUGAAGUUUGCUCCGAUACCUGGUGCUGAAAAGCCUGCUGAAAAGAAGGUUGGCUCUGUCUUUGAUAACGUGACAUCUUCGCAGAAGUCAAGCUCUCUUUUUGGCAAUGCUGGGAAGUCCUCUCAAUCGAACUCUAUUUUUAGCAAUUCGGCAGGGCCUGCACCGUCUACCUCAAUCUUUGGCUCCGCCAGCAAAUCAGGUCCAUUGUCCAGUUCAGUAUUUGAUGUUGGUCAGAAGAACGUACCCAAACCGAUAUCGUCGGGUUUUCUCUUUCCGACCGACUUACCUCCCGUCUCAUCGUCCAGCGACGAGGAGGCCGAAGAAGACGAUGAAGACGAUGAAGGAGAAGUAGAUGAAGAUGAAGAUGACGAGCAAGCUGAAGACGAGGAAGAUGAUGAGGUGGAUCAGGGAGAUGAGAGCGAUGGUGCGAGUGAGGGCAGCGGUGUAGAUGUGGCGCAAGACCUGAGCCCUCAAUCUACCACUAAGGAUAGGACCACUCCAGCAAUCACACCAGGAAGCUCGUUUGAUGGCGGCUUAGGGGGACCCUUUUCAACAAUUUCCAAGCCUGAACCAGAACGUAGGAGUUUGUUUGGCGAGUUUGGAAAGAACAUCCCCAAUUUACCCCAGCCUAAUCCUCUCAGCCCGCGCUCGCCUAGUCCUGUGCGUAAUGCUUUUGCAUCUAGGGCAGCUGGCGAUCAGUCACGGUCCAUUACUGCUCCAGGGAUGGCAUCCCAAAUCCUCGGCACGUCUCAACGUGCUGGGAGCAGAGGGCCGCCUAUCGUGAGCAAGGAGAAGCCGUUAGAAGAUCCCCGCGUUGAGCAGCGCGCCAAGGCCAAAGCUCGGAAGGAAGCCGAGGAGACGCAGUUGCUGGUGGACGAGGACGAUGAGAUCAGGCAACAACAGCUCAACGCCCCAAUUGUACCAACGCUCGAGCUGGAUGAGUUCAUUGCUCAUACCGGACCACUGCCGUUGGCUGACGACAACAUUCCAGCUCAGGUUGAGGCUGUAUAUCGGGACAUCAACGCCAUGAUAGAUACAUUGGGGUUGAAUGCUCGUUCGAUUGAGAAUUUCAUUGAAGGCCACGCACGAGCAUUCCGACAUGAACACCGGGAUAAGCACGAUCUUGCCAACCCUGACGACUGGACCAUAGGAGAAUUGGAAGAUCUUCGAGCAAUCGUUUCGGAAGACUUGGCAAACGAGUUGUCCGAUGCCCGUAUCAUCGAUGUGGAGGAGAAAAUUGCCGAAUGUCAAAACCUUCAAAGGGAAUUCAAGCGCGAUAUGGCCAAGUGGAACGAGAUCCAGAAAAUGAUCAAUGCCAAGUUGGAUCCUGAGCAGGCCCUGCUGAACCGAUCUCUUCCUCUCACAGCCGAGCAGGCAGCACGACAAAAUGAUCUUCGUCGUGAUUUCGCACGCCUGACUAAGACGCUCGCGGAAGCUGAGGAGAGCCUCACCAUGCUCAAGGCUAAGAUCUCUUCUGCUAAUGCUGCCAAUGGCAAAACGGGCUCAGUCCCCACAAUUGAUGCCGUUGUACGCACCAUCUCGAAGAUGACCAGCAUGGUCGAAAAGCGUAGCGGCGACGUUGAUGUUCUGGAGAACCAGAUGCGCAAACUACGCUUCGCCACGGGCUCACCGGCGCCAGGCCUAGGCGCCAGCACAAGAAGCCGUGAAGGCACGCCAACACCCCAGCGAUUCGGAUCGUCUCUUCUCUUCUCACCUGACAGAUCGUUCCGUGAGAGCACACCUACGCGCAAUAGUGUCAUGAGACAUUCCAUGUCGGCGUCAGUGGCAAGCAUUGGAAACGGCAUGUUUGCAGUUCGCACGCCGCCGCGCAAAAAGCUGAGCGGCUUUGGCGAGUUUGAAAAGAAAGCCGUCAAGGAACGAAAAGCCAAACGCGCAGGAGUACUGGGCAAGUUGAAGUCGAGUGUAGAGAAAAAGGGUGCUCAGGUUUGGGCAUUGGAAAAUAUCGAAUAG